UUGAAACCCUGUAUGUGUGUGAGGAAAUGAGGAAUAGAGUCUGAGCCUGGUCGUGGCGAUUCUCACACAUCGCCGGGCUGUGGCGCGGUGGCCUUUCCCUCGAGAACGGAACACUGAACCCUAUCAUAAUAACGAUAUUCGGCAUCUUGCUGUGUUCAUGUACAUAGAAAUAUAUUUCCGGCGAGGCCACUCUCCGUUAUUCCAUCUCCGGCAACUUUCACGGGGUUUUGGUUGAUCAAAGUCUAGUAAAGCUCUUCUGCCUCCAAGCGCAAGCUGUUUAUGAUCAGACCAUGCUCCAUUGUUCAUUAUGAAGAUAGUACAUUUUCAAACCAUUAGAGAGACCAGCACCCCAUGGAACACUCAACUGAGAGAACUGGCCAAGGAGGGCCUUUUCAGGGAGGGUCUUGAGCUUUACCGUCAAAUGCUCCGAUCCAAUGCCUUCCCCAAUGUCUUCACCUUCCCCUUCACUUUAAAGUCUUGUGCAGCUCUCUCACUACCAUUCUCUGGGUCGCAACUCCACUGCCAUGUUGUCAAGACUGGUUGUGAGUCUGAUCCAUAUGUCCUGUCUUCUUUGAUCUCAAUGUACUGCAAAUGCUCUUUAAUUGAGAAUGGUCAAAAACUGUUUGAGCAAAGUCCCCAACCAAGCAAACUCACUGUGUGUUACAAUGCCCUCAUUUCUGGUUACACCCUUAAUUUUCAGUUUCCAAAUGCUUCGUUGCUCUUUUGCCGCAUGCAGAGGACUGGUGUCGCAUUCGAUGAUAUCACCAUGCUUGGCUUGAUCCCUGUAUGCACCCUGCCUGUGCACCUUGGCUUUGGCAUGUCUCUCCAUGCUUGCAAUGUUAAGUGGGCCCUUGACACCAAACCAUCUGUUGGGAAUUGUCUGCUAACUAUGUAUGUAAGAUGCGGAUCGGUUGAUCAUGCAAGGAGGCUUUUUGAUGCAAUGCCUAAGAAGGAUUUGAUCUCGUGGAAUGCUAUGAUCAAUGGAUACUCUCAAAAUGGACUUGCAGUCCAUGUAUUGGAUCUCUAUUACAAGAUGGAGUCUUCUGGAGUGGAUCCUGAUGCUGUGACACUCGUUGGAGUUCUCUCCACUUGUUCCCACCUUGGGGCUCACAGUGUUGGUCAUGAAAUUGAACAGAAGAUAGCACACAAAGGAUUGGGGUUCAACCUCUUUCUAACAAAUGCUCUGAUAAACAUGUAUGCCCGCUGUGGAAAUUUGACUCGAGCUCGCAGGAUUUUUUAUGACAUGCCAGAAAAAAGUAUCAUGUCAUGGACUGCACUCAUUGUUGGGUAUGGAAUGCAUGGACAAGGAGAGACUGCUGUGCAACUCUUCGAUGAUAUGCUGAGGACUGGAAUUUUUCCUGACGGAGCAGCAUUCGUGAGUGUGUUGUCUGCCUGUAGCCAUGCAGGACUGACAGAGAGAGGAUUGGAGUAUUUUUCUCAGAUGGAGAAGAAUUAUGGGUUGAAACCUGGCCCUGAGCAUCUUGCAUGCAUAGUUGAUCUUUUGGGUCGUGCUGGCCGGCUUGAUGAAGCCAGGGAGCUUAUUGCAUCAAUGCCAGUAGAGCCUGAUGGUGCAGUCUGGGGUGCCCUUUUGGCUGCAUGUAAGAUCCAUGGUAAUGUUGAGCUAGCAGAGGUGGCUUUUGAGCAUGUCAUUAAACUUGAGCCCGCCAAUGUUGGGUACUAUGUGUUGCUAUCAAACAUAUACUCUGAGGCUAAGAACUUGGAUGGGGUAGCCAAGGUCCGAGUGAUGAUGAGGGAGCGGAAGCUCAGGAAGGAACCCGGAUGUAGCUAUGUUGAGCACAAGGGAAAGGUUAACCUCUUUAUGGCCGAUGAUAGGAAUCAUCCUCAGACUAAGGAGAUAUACAUGAUGUUAGAUGGUUUGGAGGAUUUAGUUAAGGAAAUUGAUGAUUGGAAGCAGAGCCCCAAAAGGAAAAGUGAGGGAGCAGGGAUACAUAGCGAGAAGCUAGCAAUUGUAUUUGGGCUUUUAAAUAGUCAGCUAGGGGCCGAGAUAGUUGUGAUGAAGAACUUGAGGGUAUGUGGGGAUUGUCACUUUUUCAUAAAGCAGGUUAGCAAGAUUGUGGAUCGGAAGAUUGUUGUCAGAGAUGCAAGUCGUUUUCACCAUUUUAAGGAUGGACUAUGUUCUUGCAAUGACUAUUGGUGAAGGUUUCUGGCUGAAAUCGCAGCUAAGAUUUCCAGCUGUUGCACCCUGCAAAAUACCAAAUAAUUGAAGUGGGGACAUUCAGGUGCAUGGAGACUGUCAAUAUUCAUUGGAUGAUUUAUAACAACUUGAAAGGCCAAGGCAAUGGACUCUGUUCUUGCAAUGACAAUUGAUGAAGGUGUUCUGCCACUGAAAAAUGCUGUCAGUAGGUAGAGAUGGAAGCUGUGGCAGGGGGUCUGUGGAGACUCUCAUUGUUCACUUAGUUUCAUCGUAUCCUAAACGGACAAGACUCUAGACUCUGCCUUUGCAGUGACUACUGCUCUAUUGGUGAAGGUUGCUGGUUCAAGUUGCAGCAAAGAUUUUGGCCUCUGCAAAAACACUUAAGGCAGCAUUUAGGGAUGGAAGGUGUGGCUAUCUCAAUUUUGAGGUUGUGCAUGGAUAUAAUAUCUCAAGACAAAACCACAUGGAAUCUGUAUUGCAACGACAAUUGGAGAAGGUGGUUAGUUGAAGUCACAUUUAAAUUUUGCAGCCAUUGCAAAAGUAGUAGGUAUGCGGAACGUACGCUGAUCAAGACUUGGAGGGCAUCUGGGGACUCUCAUUGUGAGACCAUAGGCUAUGAGUGUGGUCAUCAAACUUCUGUUCAAUUAGCUUCCACAAGACAUUCGCUGACAUCUCACAGCACCCUGGGUCUAGAGGGUUGCUUAUUUUUCAUUUUCUGCUUUGUUUUGAAGCCCUUGUGGCUUUUAGCUUGUACCCAUUUCUUCUUAUAUACUAAUACGUAACUCGUUAUUGAUCA